UUAUUAUAGUGACCGGUCGGUUUCACGUUAUAAACAGUGAUAAAAUCGAAAAUGUCGGCUUUUCAUGGAUUUCCCGAAUUGCCGGGACCGGAUGAAACAGCCUUUUGCAAACUAAAUGAAGUAUAUUGCUGCGGGGACAGCCGAUACGGAAACAUUUCAACAUUUACAAAUACCACAAAGAAACAUCCAGUGAUAAACGUAACAAGAGAGAUACAUCACCAUCGCGCCACAGACGAAAAUGUAUCCAUGUACGUUGACGUUGAAGACAAUUUACUGAAGAAAAUAACCAGUGUGUGGUACAAACAGGGGUUUCUAGAAGCUUUGAGCGUAGCCGCAGACCCUAGCGUCAAUCGAGAAAGCCCCGUACUCGCUCUAACCGCGUCAUACCUUUUAAAAGUCGCUAACGUGUUUACGGCGUUCCAUUAUUUCAUGCAGCCACAUUUAAAAGAUAUCGGGCCUAAAAUCGUGGCUAAUUACUCUAAGACCAGGAACUGGGGGAGUGGUCCUAUAAAAUGCUUGGCUUGGCACCCUCAUACUACUAAAAUAGCGGUAGCAACCACAGAUGAUAAUAUAAGAGUGUAUUGUAUGGAGGCUUCAUUUGUGCCGAUGUUGAAAUGUAAAGCGCAGGGACAUGUGUCUUCACUUAGUUGGAGACCAUAUUCGGCUUCGGAGAUAGCUGUGGGGUGUGAGCAGGGAGUAAUCGUGUGGACAGUGGACCCGAAUUCUACAUUUACAAAGCCGUCCUCAAGUAAUGCAGUUGUUUUGAAACAAAACAAUCACAGCCCAGUAACAGACGUGACCUGGUCACCCAACGGUGACCUCCUCAUGAGCUGCAGCGGGGCCGACACAUCCAUGCUCAUAUGGGACGUCAGCAUGGAAACAGCGGUGCCGUUGAGACGUGUGGCCGGCGGUGGUAUAGUGUUCUCACGGUGGUCGUUUGGCGGGAGCAAGGUGUUUGCUGCCACGUCAUCAAUAAUAUUUAGGGUAUGGGACACUAAACAGUGGACGCCAGAGCGCUGGUGCGCGCGCGGCGGUCGUGUGGUAGCUGCUUGCUGGGGCCCCGGCGAUCUUCUGCUGUUUGCUGCUAAGAGUGAACCCAUGGUCUAUGCCCUUAGCAGCACUGGGCUCAUGAAUGGCGCGCAGAACAUGAAAGCAUUACCAGUAUUGGACGUGACUAAGACUGAGCUACCAUCAGGCGACCCGGUAGGGGGCCCUAUCUUAGACAUGUGCUGGGACCCCUCGGGCCGAUACCUGGCCCUCAUGUUUGAGGAGUCUGCACUCGUGGCCAUCUUCUGCACUACCAAUAUCAUGAUGCAGCUUAAAAUAACACCCUGCUGUUUCGUAUGCGGCAUAGAGAACGAGGUGCCACUGACUAUGGCUUUCCAACAGAAUUUCACCGACGGGGCGUGUCUGACAGUGGCGUGGUCUAGUGGCAGAGUACAACACUUCCCUAUUGUCUACACUGAUGGUUACUAGAGUUACCAUUCUUUCCAUUGCUAAGUGACCAUGGAGGUUUAGCAGAACUUCGGGCGUGUCUCAAUAUGGA